GCUCUUCACUGUGAUAUCCCUCCGCCCCGCGCAGCCGGGAGACCCGCCUCAUGAUGCUUACACCAAGCCGGGGAGGAGGAGCCAGGUAGCAGACACUGACACGUAACAGUCCUGCGUAGAAUUUAAGGAAGGAGCUGCAUCUUUUCUAAAAAACUCACUUUGAUACAGCUGAGUCUCUCCAGACUUGAUGAACAACCGAGCUGUCCCGUCCCAGAAGCCCCGUUAGACCGGGUUCCGGAAGCGACCGAAGCGGGACUAGCAGGCAGGAGCGGAAGGAGAGCCGACGUUUAAAAUGAGAUUUUCAGUGUUUAUUUCUGUCCUGCGGUCGCUCGGCCCGGUGGUAAUCGGCAUUUCAUUGGGCUUCACGUUGAGUUUGUUGAGUGUGAGCUGGACGGAAGAAGCGUGUCCCCUGGAGGGGAAGGAAGGCGAGGAUGUGGCUUCGGGUCAGGAUGGACUCCUCAAAGGAGCCCGAAAGCCUAGCUCCAUUUCCACUGGCAACGAUGUGGAGUCCGAAGAGGAUUUCGAGCCAAGAAUAGUCCCUUACAAACAAGUCCAGCCGAGUGCUCCAAAGAAAGUUUUCAGGGCUAAGUACAUAAGCACGGAGCUUGGCAUGCGGGAGCGCCUGUUCGUUGGAGUCCUGACCUCCAAAAACACCAUCAACACCCUCGGUGUGGCGGUGAACCGCACCAUAAGUCACCACCUGGACAUCCUGGUCUUCUUCACCGGCUCCCGCAACCGCAAAGUCCCCCACGGCAUGUUUGUGGUCUCCCACGGAGACGAGAGGCUAAUCUGGAACAUGUACCAGACCAUCAGGUAUGUCUUAGACCACUACAUCAACGAGUACGACUGGUUCUACAUCGUCCAAGACGAUGCCUACACCGAAGCCGACCGGAUCAGAGAGCUGGUGGAGCACCUGAGCGUGGAUCGAGAGCUGUACAUGGGCAGUCCUGAAGAGUUCAUUGGAGGGGAGAUGGAAGGGAAGUACUGCUACGGGGGGUUUGGGUACCUCCUGUCACGCAGCUUGCUCCUGCGACUUCAACCCUUCCUGGAAAACUGCAGGAACGACAUCCUGAGCUCCAGGCCAGAUGAGUGGCUCGGCAGAUGCAUCAUCGAUUACACCAGCACCAACUGUGUCAGUGAAUAUGAGGGACUCGAGUACCACCAUUACGAGCUCGGAAAAAACUCGGACCCAAAUAAAGAGCAGAACGAGAAGUUCAAGAGAGCUCUGACUGUUCAUCCCGUGUCUGACCCCGAACAAAUGUACCGGCUGCACCGAUGCUUCUCCGAGAUUGAGCUGCAGAAGACUUACAAUGAGAUUGCUAAACUGCAGGCGGAGAUAAAAAAUGUCAGUGUUCUCGCUUUUGAAGGCAACCGAAGCGCCCAGUGGCCAGUCGGGGUCAAUCCGCCUUUUGAGCCUAAAUCUCGAUUUGAAGUUCUAAAAUGGGAGUACUUCACAGAGGAGGAGAUUUAUUCGUGCAUCGACGGCGCUCCUAAGUGUGAGUUGCGGGGUAUCGAUAAACUGGAUGUGGCAGAGGUCAUAGAAACAGCCAUGGAGGAGCUGAACAAAAAGUACAUGCCCACUUUACAUCUGAAGAAGCAGCAGCUGAUUAACGGAUACAGACGCUUCGACCCCACCAGGGGUAUGGAGUACACCUUAGACCUUCAGCUGGAGGUCAUUAAUCAGAAAGGUCACAGCCGCUCCAUCACCAAGAGAGUCCACCUGGUGCGACCCCUGAGCCUCAUAGAGAUCAUUCCCAUGCCCUACGUCACUGAAGCGACCAGGGUUCACAUCAUUAUACCUCUGACUGCAGAAGACCGCAGCUACGUCAACCAUUUCCUGGAAGUCUUUGCCUCCAAUGCCUUUGAGACGAGCGAAAACGCUAUCCUCACGUUUCUGUUCAUUUACGACCCAGAGGAGGCUCAACACGUGAACCACAAUGACAUAUUUAUCGACGUGAAGAAUCAGAUAAAUGUUUACGAACGAAAAUACCCCACGGUGAAAAUCCCCUGGAUCAGCGUCAAGACGGAGAUACCGUCCCAGAUCAAGUUCAUGGACAUCAUCUCCAAAAAGCACCCGGUGGACACUUUGUUCUUCCUGGCACACAUCAACACGAACAUCAACGGCGAGUUUCUCAACCGCUGCCGCAUGAACUCUAUAAACAACUGGCAGGUCUUCUUCCCCAUCCACUUCCAGGAGUAUAACCCCGAUGUUUCCUACCACAACCAGCAGCCCCCAGCCACAGUCGACCUGGUGAAGGACGCCGGACAUUUUGAUCGCAGGUCAUUUGACGAGGCGUGCUUUUACAACUCCGACUACAUGGCGACGCGAUCCCGCAUGGUGGCAGAUGUCCAAGAGAACGAGGACAUCCUUGAAAGCCUGGACAUUUAUGACGUUUUUGUGAAGUAUUCCGGUCUGCACGUAUUCAGAGCUGUUGAGCCUGCUCUGCACCAGCAGUACCGCUACCAGUCCUGCAACCCGAAACUCAGCGAAGACAUCUACCACCGGUGUAUUCAGAGCAACAUGGAGGGCCUCGGGUCCCGAUCGCAACUCGCCAUGCUGCUUUUCGAACAAGAACAAGGAAAUAGUACUUGAAGCAUUUCACCUGCUUUAUUUUCGUAAAACGGAUAGAAGAUGUUGGAGUCGGUUGAAAAGAGCAACAAGUCUUCUACCAGCUUUAAGUCCAAACCGACGGUUUGUCUUUGUCUUUUUUAGCUAGUUUUGAUAAACACACAGAACACAGGUUUAUAAUGAACCAAAUGUGUUAGCUAUGCUGACAAAUAUAAAAAUUGCAAUAAGCAGUUUUGACCACUAGGGAAGCAAAAAACCAGAGACUCGUGGCUUUGCGGUAGCUAUGAGGAGUUCGUAUCGGCUCCUCGGUAUUCAGGUGGAAAUCGCUACCAAAGACCGAGAAUAUUCAGGGGUAGGCAUGGGCCGGCUGCUGGACCUUGUUGUGGUCCAAUUUAAAGUUCUUCCAUUGAAAUCUAACAGAAAUAAUUGCUGCACACUGCCAGUCGGCUGGCUGAAGAAAGGCCACUUCUUUUCUCUUGAGCCUACAAGAACAAAUUUAGAUAUGGCUUGGAAAGUACACACUUGCUCAUAAAAACGUAUUAAAAAUAGAAAAUUUUUUUAGUCUAUUCAACUAAAUUUGGUCCAAACAAGUUCUUAAAUUAAGUCUUUGCUACCCAUCUUUAGGUAUCAGCAGAUAUGUUUGCUGCAUAUUUUCACUCUAUUUAUCCAUAUUUUAACAUUGUUUGGACACAAUCCAAUGUCGUUUUUUCAAUGUUUAUUCAAUGGGAAUGUGUUUGGGACAGAGUGAAGUACUUAACCUGACUACUGGAGCAGAAAGGCAUAAAAGGCAAGGUUACUUGAAAAUUACUCCAACAUUUAGUGGUAUUUAUUAAAUUUCUAUGUUAAAUUCAAUAUUGCAGUCCACAACAACCUCUUUAAUAUUUUAUCUCAGUAAGAAUUAAAUAAAUUCAAUAAUGGUACUAAUUUUUUUUUCUUUAAAUAUUUUUAGAUGCUGUGAGAAGACUGGCCCAUGCCUUGUUAGGAGUAAUUAUGUUAAUUGGUCACAAUUAGAAGGAGGUAGUUUCCCUUUGGGAACAUUAGCUUAGAUUAGCUGAGAAAGCUAACAAACAUGUCUUUUAAAAGUAUUUGCACCCCUUGAACUUUUUUCGCAUUUUCUCACAUUGCAACCACAAACUUUGAUAUGUUUUAUUUGGAUUUGUAGAAUAUUAUAUGGAGUACUGGUACUGUAUAACUGUGAAGGUUAUGCAUGAUGCUUCUACAUUUAAUUAGAUUAAUUAAUAGUCAGUUUUAAAGGGGCGGUAAUACGUAUUUUCCAAACAUUCUUAUAACGCAGCAUAUGAAAUAUUACACCUUGAUAUUGGGUCUGUGUCUUCGCCUAUAUCAUGUUAUAACUUUAAAACAUGAUAGAAAGCUUAAAAAAAAAAGUUGAUUUUAAAGUAUUUUGUAUCCUCUACCUGGUUCAACUGUGAAGUGUCCCCACAGCAUGAUGCUUCCACCACCAUGUUCCCUAGUGUAUUUUGCUUUUAGGUUUAAAAGUUUGUAUUUUUUAAAGGUUUUAUUGGUACCAGAUUUCAUUUUUUUACAUUUUAAAAAUCAUGUACUCACUUUCCACUUCUCAAUUAUUCCCUACGUUAUCCCUCAAGUAAAACGGUUUGUGGUUGUUGCAUUAAAACGUUCAAGGGGAAAUAAUGCUUUUUGGAAUGUGUAUCUUGGUUGCUUCACAUUCUGAUGAAUGAAAUUCUUUCGUUAGGAUAGAGUGAGCUAAUGCAGUAGGUAUGUUGGGUUUGGAAAUCAAUUAACCAAAACAAUAAGCGGUUUGUAAUUAAAAGAUUUCAUUGCUGCUUCUCAGAGGGGUUUGACUUAUGAGCAGCGACUGGUUUGCUUUUUGAGGACGCCCUUUGAUUUAAUCUGUAUCAUUAAAUUGGAAGUUAAUGUUUUAUUUUAUUUCCAGCGGUACAUUGCACCACUGCUUGUGUGCCCCAGUUCUUGCACUUUUGAUACUUAACUGGUUUGAGUAUUCACAGAAGUGUGUUUGUAUAAUGUGCCUUGACAAAGACAUUUCAU